AUGGCUUCCCACGGCAAGUACAAGGUCUUCGUGAGCAGGGCCGACAUUCCACCGAAGGCCAUGGAGCUCCUGGAGACGAAGUGCGACGUGACCAGCGUAGCCUGCACACCGACCAACUGGCUCGAGAUAUGGAGCAAGCAUGUGGCCGGGAUGGAAGCACUUUUCAUCCAACACUAUGAACAGAUCAACGUGAAGACACUCGACAUGGCCGGUACCCAUCUUCGGGUGGUGUCCACCAUGUCAGCGCACUACGGCAACAUCGACUUAGAGGAGUGCCGCAGGCGGGGAAGUUGGACCCCGACCACUGAUCUGACCUGGUUGACCGGGCGUGAACUCGUAGGCAAGGUUGCCGGGAUAGUUGGCCUGGGAAAUAUAGGAAUAGAAAUCGUCAACCGGCUGAGGGCGUUCAAGAUGCGAAGCAUCCUGUACCACAACAGGCGCCCCAAAAUGGAGCCGCUGCCGUUCGACACCCAGUACACCACGCUGAAGCAUCUGCUGUGCAACAGCGACAUUGUUAUCGUCAGCUGCCCGCUCAACUUGGAGUCGUACCAGAUGUUCAAUGAGAAAACCUUUCACCUGAUGAAGCAUUCGGCGAUCUUCGUCAGCAUCAGCAGGCGAGAAGUGGUGGACGAAGAAGCACUCUGCAAUGCUCUGAAGAACGGCGGGAUCGGCUUCGCGGCGCUCGACGCGGCUGGCGACACGCCCAUGGACAAAGACAACCCGCUUCUCAAGCUCCCCAACUGCGUCGUCACGCCUCACUUAGCCGCGCAUGCGAGGGACGCCGUUAUCAAGUCUGCCGUCAUGUGCACCGAGAACAUCCUAGCAGUGCUUGAGGAGAAAUACUACGCCGCUGCCAACCUCCUCUGCUGA